GACUUCCAAACAUAACCUUCCAUGCUAUCUGUAGACUCUGCUGGAUAUAAAAAUUUUUGUAGCAGAGAGUUGAAGUCAUUUGACUGAAAUGGGGAAGAAGGCGGAUGUGGCGAUCCAACCGCUGCUUACUCACAUGGAGACCCGGAAUGGAGAAAGAAAUCACCCAUAACCAUUUGUCGCCACAUGAUUAUUAUUAUUAUUUUAAAAUAAGGGAACCAUUAUAUGAUCACAGUAUCAUCUUCUUGCGCUUCCUGCGCGAAGUGAAGUUGCAGAGAGAGAGAGAGAGAGAGAGAGAGAGAGAGCAGGGGUGGAGGAAGGUUCAUUGGCGAUUAUGGAGAUAGAGGGCACGCCGGCUACAAAUGGGUACCACAUGCCUGCAGAGUGGGAGCUUCACUCACAAUGUUGGAUGGGUUGGCCUGAACGUGCUGACAACUGGCGUGAUAAGGCAGUGCAUGCACAACAUGUAUUUGCCAAGGUAGCAUGUGCAAUCUCAGAGUUUGAGCCCGUGACUGUCUGUGCAAGUGCUGCUCAGUGGGCCAAUGCACGAACUCAGCUACCACAAAACAUCCGGGUUGUUGAGAUGAGUAUGAAUGAUUCUUGGUUUCGUGAUACUGGGCCAACUUUUGUGGUAAGCAAGAGGUCAUCGACUCCUGGUACCCUGAAGCAGAAACUUGCAGGAAUUGAUUGGAAUUUUAAUAGUUGGGGUGGUGUUGAUGAUGGCUGUUACAAAGACUGGAGUUCUGAUCUUCUUGUUGCGAGGAAGAUUCUUGAAAUUGAGAACAUUCCUAGGUUUCCGCAGUCUAUCGUGCUUGAAGGUGGGAGCAUCCAUGUUGAUGGAGAAGGUACUUGUCUUACAACCGAGGAAUGCCUCUUGAAUAAAAAUAGGAAUCCGAAUUUGACUAAAAAGCAGAUAGAGGAUGAACUCAAGGCAUAUCUUGGAGUCAAGAAGGUCAUUUGGUUGCCUCGUGGAUUGUUUGGUGAUGAUGACACCAAUGGUCAUAUUGACAAUAUGUGCUGUUUUGUGAGGCCUGGUGUGGUUUUGUUGUCCUGGACCGAUGAUGAAUCAGAUUCCCAAUAUGAACGAUCUGUAGAAGCGUUUUCUGUCCUCUCAAAUACUGCAGAUGCAAAUGGUAGAAAGCUACAAAUAAUUAAGCUCCACAUGCCAGGUCCACUCUAUAUGACAGAAGAGGAAGCAGCUGGAGUUAUUCAGGAUGGUGAGGCUAAACCAAGGCCUCCUGGUACUAGACUUGCUGCUUCAUAUGUAAACUUUUACAUUGCCAAUGGAGGGAUCAUCACUCCACAAUUUGGGGACCAAAAAUGGGAUGAUGAAGCUGUACGUGUUUUGUCUCUGGCCUUCCCAAAUUAUAAAGUGGUAGGAAUUGAAGGUGCAAGGGAGAUUGUUUUGGGAGGUGGAAAUAUUCAUUGCAUCACACAGCAACAGCCGGCCAUCUCAUUCAACAUCGAGAAACAGGAUUAACAAGGUUUACUUCUUUUUCAUGUGACGUUGGCUGUAUUUCUGGUAGUGCAUGCUUGUUCAAGUGAAGGCAUCGAGAUGUCAAACACCGACACAUAUUAUAACAAGAAUAUGGGAUUCUACUUCUUCCCAUUCCUUUUAAUCAUAAUAUGGGACUACGAUGAACUCACUUCUAUUCUGCUUUGAUCUUCAGUGUAUCUCAUUGAGAAUUCAUGGUCAGUGAGGAGGUUUGAUUUAUCAGAAGGAUACAUUUAAAAGAGAA